AUGAAAACAGUUUGGAUCAUUUUGACCAACGUCCAGACGGCCUCCCUCAAAUAUUCAAUAUGGACCAUUGUUUGUUUUCUAUUAGUAGUAAAAGUUUUACAUUUGGGCGCACAGUUAGACAACACGAUCUUUGGCCGUACAACAACACCAGUAACUGUUUAUGUGAAGGUGCGCCAUAACAGCCCACGUUUGAUCUGUAUGACGGAAGAGCUCGCCAAAAGAGAAGUAAUGGAUCCUUUUUUUCUUUGGACCGGACCCGAUGGAAGGAACAUUAAAGAUAAUAGUCAGGUUAACCUUACAAACACAGGUGUGCUGAUUCUAAACGACAAGUUUCAAGGCUCCCUGUCUGGAGUUUUCACCUGCACCUUGAAUUACAGGAGCAUGAAGAAUGAGAAAGAAAAAUUUGUCGUUCUUAAAUUUUUGGUUUAUGGAUACCGUGAUCCUGAUUUUCAAUACAGGUUUAGGAGCAGGUUUAUUGCUGGGGAUUGCAGGGAUGGUGCAAACAAUUAUUUCUUUGACAACCUGACUGUUGCUUUAAAGCAGCUGGUUGCUAAGCUAACUUGCAGAAUCCUUAAUCCUCAAUUUGAAUGUCAUGUUAUGAAGGAGCCAGGGGCAGGCCUGCAAACCAAUCUCUUCAUUACUUUCACAGGUACAUGUAUGAAUCUAUCUGCUGUAUGUGGGCUAUACUUAAUAUAUGAUAGAAGUAUGAAAAUGAAGUUUGGAUUAAUUCUGCAUGUUUACUCUGCAGUGGAUCCUUAUGGAAAAGGGUGGGAGCUAAUAUGUAUACCGUAUCACCAUGACUGUGAAGAUGAAACUAACAACAGGGCGAAAAUGGCGCAAGAUCUUGUUCAAAUUUUCUUUGAGAAACAAGCAAGCAUACUCAAUCAGUAUAGUGGGAAGAUGCCCCUUAUAUAUUACAUGAACGGCAGUUUAACGUCUGAGCGCGUAGACAGCUGUCGACCAGGUUAUGGCAAGAAUAACGAAAUGCAUCCGAAUUGCACAGAAUGCUGUGUUGUUUGCGAGCCCGGGACCUACAGCCUAGAUAAUUCUGUAAAGUGUGUGCCAUGUAAAAGCACUGAAGUGAGAAUUUAUGGAGCAACAGCUUGCUAAGAUGCUGCUACUUCUCUGUGAACAACACCAUUGUUCAUCUCAAUGCUGGAGAUCAAGCCUUUCAAUGGAAGGAUCUGAACGAAAAUGCAAUGAAUAGAAAUACAAAACAUAACAAAAAGAAGAUUUGUAAUCUUAAGGAACUGUUGUAAAACCAGAAUGUCAUUCUUG